AUGAAGUCAUUUUUACCGAUUUUUGUGUACUUUUUGGGAAUUGAAGCCGCUUUCGCAGUAACGAAUACGUGUAAUGUUAGUGCACCUUUUAUUCCAGACUCCACGCAACAAAGAACAAGUCCUGAAGCCUUAGACUUUUUUUACUUAUGUUGGAAAAUUUCUUAUUCUGCCGGCGAAUCAUUGCCUAUGAACAUUAUUGUAAACCCUAAUAACAAGACUCCGCCGUCUCAAGUCUCAUUAUCAUUGUAUGAUGAAUUUAAUAAUAUCAAACUUAUUGAUAUUGCCAACGCUCCUUUAACAUCCUAUGAAAUAGCAACACCUUUCCCUGUGUACACAUGGACCGUGGUUUCAGAGAUUAAGUCAAGUUUCGAUUUUACAUCUGGUUAUUUUACUAUGGUCAUGUCAUAUAAUGAUGGUGACAAUAUUGUAAAAAAAGAUAGACGUUUAAAACUUUUAAAUGUAGUUGCUUCUCCAGGCGGUACUCAAAACCCUGCUUUUACCAACAAUACUACACAACAAACAACAUAA